UAAAGGCGGAAGUCUACAAGCAAGGGGGAUUCCCCGAGGGAAGUUCCCAACUCAACUAGGCUAUGUAAAACAUCCAUUGCCAUAUCCUCUCAGGCGCUUCGUAACUUUGCAUCUGAAGAUUAGGCGACGACGCUGCGGUGGUGUCAAAUAAGAAAUUCGACUUUAACAGUUACACGAAUGAAGGGCUCAUGUCUGCUGUGUCAGGGAUGACUGUGGAGCACACGGCAUGGAAAGGAACAUCGGAGACCAGCUCAAUAAAGCUUUUGAAGCUUAUCGCCAGGUCUCCAUUGAAAAGGACAAUGCUAAAAAGGAGCUGCAACAAAUGAGUGAAUUUUAUGAGCGAUACACUCAAAAACUUCAAAAGCAGAUAGAGGACCAGCAGCAGUUGAUUUCAAAACUUGAAGCUAAGUUAUCAGCAACAAGACAACCAUCAGGAGAGAUGAAAUGUGAGCCUGCCAAUCAUCUCCUUGAUGGGGCAAGUGCUUUUAAGAAAAUACAGUACCCGGAGAAUAUGGUCACUGUUGCUGUGGCUCCUAAUAAGCAAGUCAGCGUUGACUAUCAAAACAUGCUGGAUGCAUUUGAAGCAAUUGAAGGGAAAUUCCGGCAGAUUCGUUCUCUUACCAGAAGACAAAAAGAUCACCUAAAAAGAUUCCAUGGAGGAAUUGAUGUAUCAAACGAUCAGCGGUUCUCCAUGCCCAUCCAGUGCACAGACCGUACAGCAGAGGCAGAGACACCCUUUUCCUCAGCGUUAAGGUCAGCAGUGGAUAUCCCACUCCCGCAUACGUCUCUGGCGUCCCGCGGUGCCAGCCCCGAGGACAGGGACUUAGUAGACUCUCUCACCAAACUCAGUGUCAAAUUCCCGCCCUCUGCGGACAGUGAAUAUGACUUCCUGAACAGUACUCCAGAGAGACCCAUUGGUCUGACCAUGCCCACAAAGCUGCCUCUCAGUAGUGUCCCCUCCACAUUAACAGAAGAGGAGCCCGUUGAACCCAUGCCUUUUCUCUACCCUUCAUCCCCCUCCCAUUCAACAUCAUCUCCACUCUCCCAGGAGAGCGUACGGGGACCCCAGCAGCCUCUCUGGAGCCCUGAGCUGUGUGAUGCAGUUGACGUGGGGACAGAGCUAGCGACGCCUCAGAGCAGCAGUCCCGAUAAAUGUGCUUUCUGCCAGGCUGUGGUUCCUCAGGACCGAAUGAACAGCCACCUCUACUCACAUUUCUCUCCUAAGAAUGAAGCCAACAACUGACAGUAAAAGCAGAGACUGGCCCGUGGUCACAACUACUCCAAGACUUACUGUAUUCAUGGUCUAGUCCUGCCUGCCAUGAAGAACAUGCGCUGUAAAGGAUUUGAAAUGACACUGCAAUAAGACUUGAAUCCCUUUAUUUAAUAGUGAAGAAUUGAAUGGUACACUUUCUUGGUCAUUAUAUUUUUCUAAUAUCACGCUGAGAUUUUACUCUAGUAAUAAGUGACGAUGAUGCAUAAUAUGGUAUAUAUGAGCAAAUAAAGCUGGCAUUUACUCUA